AUGGGUGCGCUAAACCAGCUCGGGGAAGAGCUUGUCGAUGUUGACGCUCGCCUUGCGACAGAGGGCCUUCGGCUGGCGGUCGAGCGGCAUCAGUUGAAGGUGGCCAUCAACCUCAGGCAUCUUCAGCAUGAGCGUGCCCGUGCGAAGGCCGGGGCAUCCCUCGUGACCUCCUGCGAGGCUAGCGCCCGUGCCUUGGAGGAGGCCAGAGAGGCUGAUCACUGCCGGCAGGCCGCCGAGGAGCGCGAACGGGAGCUUCGGGCCUUCAAUGCUACCCUCGAGCACCAGGUCGAGGCGCGCAGGGCCGUCUUGGUGUCAAUGAGGGGGGCGCGUUCCAAAGAGAAGGAGAUCCACAAGCAUGAGGAAGCGCUGAUGGAGGCCUCGGAGCGCAGCCUCGAGCUUGAGCAGCUGGAGGCGAGGGAGCGCCAUGUGGCCAUGGCCGAAGAUGCCAUCACCGCAUGCCAAGCCAAGAUCCAGGAGGAGGCUGACCGGAGGGUGGCGAUGGCUCGUGAAGAUCUCGCCAACGAGUAUGACCUAAAGUUGAAGUUCCUGGAGGCCGAAGCUGAGGGCAGGACCACCGCCCUCAGGUCCAGGCUGGACGAGGCGGAGCAGCGCGAGAGGACAGCUGUGGCGGCCCAGACCUCUGCCCAGGCCGACCUGGCCUCCACUCGUGCUGAUGUGCUCUCACUCCAGCAGCAGAUUGAUGAUGCUGCGUCCCUCGCGCAGCAGAACAGGGAGGAGGCAUCUCGUUGGCCGACGCUGCAGUGUGAGCACACCCCCAUGCUCCAGGCCCUCAGAGUGAGGGCCAAUCGAGCACUAGGCGUCAUCUGCGAGGAGAGCGUCCUCAUCCCUGCAUGGAAGACUACGCCAACCACCUCUGCUUCUUCACCGAAGUCAUGA